AUGUUGAGCACAGAGGCUCAACAAGCCUUACCGCAUGAUGCUCAAGUAGCUCUGCAGCAGGUGGACAACUUCGACUGGCAGACUGACCAGUACAUUCGCCGGUUUCUGCUUCCAACCGGUGAAUACGUUUCUUGCGUGCUCUGGAACAAUCUCUUCCACAUUUCUGGCACAGAUAUUGUGCGAUGCCUGUCGUUCCGUUUCCAGGCAUUUGGCCGGCCCGUCAAGAAUUCGAAGAAGUUUGAGGAGGGCAUUUUCUCAGAUCUCCGAAACUUGAAGUCUGGAACCGAUGCCUCGCUUGAGGAGCCGAAGAGUGCCUUCCUCGACUUUCUUUACAAGAACAACUGCAUCCGGACACAGAAGAAGCAGAAAGUGUUCUAUUGGUAUAGCGUUCCGCAUGAUCGCUUGUUUCUUGAUGCGCUGGAGCGGGAUUUGAAGCGCGAAAAGAUGGGCCAGGAGGCCACCACAGUGGCCGUCAGCGAACCGGCGCUUUCCUUCCAAUACGAUUCGUCGCAGUCGCUGUAUGACCAGCUUACAAAGGCCCAGCAAGCAAACUCAUCGUCCUUCAGUGCCCAGCAGGUGUCAUUUCCGCAGUCACAAACAGCUUCUCCGGUCAUGCGUGCAAUGGAGGCUAUGCCUCCGCCGCAGAUGAUCCCGCAGUCAAUGGCUCCGUUUUCCGACGGCAUGGACGGCAUGGUUCCAUACACAACUGCGAUGCAGAUGGCGCCGACAAUGGCCCAGCACGUGGUGAAGCGGGAACCCGACUUCGCUCGUGUCCAGUACAACCAGAACGGCGUUCCCGUGUCCGCCGCACACCAGCGCCACGCGUCCAUGCCUGCGUACGGUCUUGAGUACUCUCCAGCUCCGUCAUUUGUGUCUUCGCAAUAUGAUGACUACGGCAACCGGGGGAUUUCGUUUGAGCCGCUGACGCCGCCGCAGCUGGCAACUGGAAUGACGACUGAGCCUGCGUACAUUGCCAAUGAAGAGACUGGCCUGUACACUGCUAUUCCCGACCACAUGAGCACGGCGAUGAACGGCCUUAACGGCAUGAUCCAGCUGCCUCCCUCGAACCUGUCCGGCUCGCAGUUCUCUCGCGGCUAUGGCUCGAACAGCAUGUACGCCAAUGUGAUCGAGGGCUCGCCUACCUACAAGCAGCGCAGACGCCGUUCGUCCAUCCCGCCUGGCAUGUCGGCUAUUGCGGCGGCAGCGGCGACAUCCGCUGCGCACCGGCCGUCUGACCUUCGGCGUUCCGUGUCCGUGUCUGUUGGUCCGGUUCUGGAAGCCGACGAGUCGCUGGACAACUCGCCGCCAGGCUUGACGUACAGCAGCUCGGGCGUGUCCCUGACUGGCCAGCAGCACAAGGAGCUGCUUGAUCUUUCGCGUCACGGCACUCCGCUGUCGACAGUAGAGGGCAGCCCGGUGAUGAACACCAUGGGUCUUCAGCAGCAGGACUACUCUCAGCUGGCACACGACGAUCUGUCAAUGUCGCACAGCUCUGUCACUGGUGCAGAAGAGCGGCGGCCAGUGCAUGCGAGCCCGAACGUUGUUCGGAGAGCGCGGUCGGCUACAGUUAUGGAGCUAGGGCCGUAUCCGCAGAAGUCGCACUCUUGCCCGAUCCCGACAUGCGGACGUCUGUUCAAGCGUCUCGAGCACCUGAAGCGGCACAAGCGGACUCACGAUCGUGAGGGUGGGGAGAACAGCUUCCCACUGUCCGGUGAAGACGACGAAGAAUAUUCGGGAGAGGACCGGCUCGGCUCGGUCGAGGAGGCGUCCCCAACGUCGGAGGGUGGCUACGUGGCUAGCUCACUCAACUCGGUCGUCAACAAUAGCAUGGCGCCGAUGUCCAACGGUGCCUCGGCGGCAUCGAGCAUAACGCAGACGAGCACAUUCAACAGCCUGCAGACGCUGAGCAUGCCGAUGACCAUCAGCCAACCCCAGUCGAUCAACGCUGGGGCCUUGAUGUAA